GUCUAUCUGAAUUCUCUGCUCCUUGCUGCUCGUUGCUUGUGACUGUUACUCCUAGUCACGUAUGCUACAUUGCACUCCCGUGCUCGCAUCAGAGGCGAUGGAGAGCAUAUCAGCCGUGGAAUUUAUGGCGUGAUGGAAUGGCAUAUAGCUUUUCCCCGCUUUUUCCUGUUCCCUCUACUUUGAAUUUUACCCCCUAAGUUUUGCCGAGCCAGUAGCCUUUUUAUUAUUAUUAAAUUUCGGCUUAGGGGCCUACAGCGCUUAUCCUGCUAUCCACUGCGGAGACCCUUUUUUUUUUUCCUGCAGGACGUAAAUCUGGACGCGUGUUACAACGGCCUUGAAACUUGCAGGCAGUGACGCAGUUUCCGAAAUCUGUCCCAUGGAGCUAUUAGACGAUUUUUUAGACCCGUACUCCACUGGCUGCUCGGAUCCUGGGAGUUGUUAGAGAUUCUGUAUAUUCAGUAGUUGAGUGCUAGUUCUUCUACUUUGGCCAACUCUACGGUUAGCCCUUUCGGAUAGGUGCGCUGGUUGUUGCAUUUAGUUCACGGGCCGUCCACAUCGCACCGUUGAUUCUUAUCGUCCAUUGCAUUCAACGGUCAUGAUGAUGGACCCGGUGUUAGUCCUCAUCAUCGCGAGCUGUAUGACACUUACGCAGUUCGCGCUGCAGCUCAAGGAGAAUAUCACCACCAGCGCUUACUUAAAAAACUUCAAUCUCAUGUUGGAGUCGACAGCGUCCCUGCACGCAUUGCUGACGGAGUUUAAGAGCUUCAAAGGCUGGGGCGUGGCCACCGACGGCGCGAAGAAGUCGUUUCAGAGGCUCGAAGAUCUGUUACGGAAAGCCACGGCGCUGCUGCAGCGAUGCAUCAGCGCGCGGAGUAAACUGCUGCAGCUUGUAUCGGAGCACGCGUUACAGGCGCAGGACUUCAUCAAGAUGCACGCGGAGCUGGAGCAGUGCCUCUCCACCGUCCCCAUCCAAACCCUCCCUGAACCCCUCACCUCCAAGCUCACGGCUAUGCGCCAGCAGCUCCUCAAUACGCCCUUCUCCGAGUCAGUCACGCCCGCCAUGCGCGCGCAGCUGCAGCUGCUGCUGUCCUCCGCCGCCUCCCCCUCCCCCGCGCUCAAGGAAGCGCCCGGGUCUGACGUGCUGGCUUUUCAGCUGGCGGAAGCGCUGGGGCUGGGGCUCUCCGCGGAGGCCGCCAACCCGGGCGCGCUGCGCCGCGAGCAGGAGGCGCUCGCGCUGGAGAAGCGCAAGGCGCAGGAGGGGCGGGACCUGGCGCAGGCGAAGGUGGUGGAGCAGAUAGUGCUGGUGCUCAUGCGCAUGGACAGGGAGGUGGCAGCCCGCCGGGAGAAGCAGAAACGAGCAGCAGAAGCCGCAUCAGGAGCAGCCAGCUCUGCUGGUGCCUCCUCCACUGCAGCAACGUCCUCCUCCAUCUUCGCUCCUCAGCCCAACCGUCCCCAGGCAGCAGCCGCAGCUCCAGGAAUCAACCUGCUGGCAGAUAGCUUGACAGAGCUCAGCGUGGGAGGGCCAGGGGCAGACGGUAACAGAGUGAGACAUCAAGAGGGGCAGGAGGCAGCAAAGAAGGCGGUUGAGCCUCUCAAGAUGGUGCUUCCAGGGGAAAGCGCUGCUGCUGCUGCUGGGUUUGGUGCUGGUACACAACCGGCCAAGAGCCCACAGCCUGCAGCUGAGGCGGCAGGGGGGGGAGCAGCAGCAGUGAACGGGGCUGAUGGUGUAGCAGGAGCAGCAGCAGCAGCAGCAGCACGAUCACGAUCGCCUGCCCCGUCAGCAGUAGCUGGCAGCACGGCCAGCUCAGCAGCAACCAGAGCUACCGCCGCUGCCCCAUCCUCAUCUUCAGCCACAGCAGCAACAACACCAGCAGCGGCCACAGCACAGCCCAGGCCAGCAGCAGCAGCAGCAGCCGCCCCAGCUCCAGCCCCAGCAGCAGCAGCGAGUGGAGAACAAGGUGUGGCCCAGCAGAUCAUCCGCACCCUGCGCCUGGGCACAGUGGACGAGAAAGCUCAAGCAGCAGGCCUUGUGGGCUGGCACACGAAAUUCUCAGCCACCAACCGCGCCAUGUUCCGCUCCGCAGGAGUCAUCGACGCCCUUCUCCCCCUCGCUGCUGCGUCUGGUCCCACCGAGGCGAAAGCUGCCGAUGCGGCGGUCAGGGCCCUGGGGAAUCUCCUGGCGGACGAGGAUGUGAAGGUGGAGCUGAUCGGCCACCUGCCUCUGCUGGUCCAGGCCCUGAAGCGAGCCGAGCUGCCGGCGUCCCGUGCUGGCAUGGCGCGGAUUUUCAAGGCGAUCGCCACGAUCUCGGAUGAGGCCUGCAAGGUGGUGGUUGAUGCAGGCGCAGUGCCGCACUUAGCUAAGUUUCUGGACCCGAGCGUGGCUGCCGCGCCGGCGAACCCGCCGCCGACGGGCGGCGCUGCAGUGGCUGCGGCAGCCGCAGCGGAGGAAGCGUCCAAGCAAUGCUCGGCGGAAACUUUGGCGAUUCUGGCGCAGGUGCCGUCGAAACGGAGCCGGAUGGUGGCAGACGGGGUCGUGGGCCCGCUCUCUCUCCUCGUCCUCGCGAACCCCCCGACCGAAACCCUAAUCGCUGCGGUGACAGCGCUGGCUGGGCUAGCGAGCGUGCAUGAGGGGAGGGAGGGCAUGGGGCCGGCGCUGCCCACGCUGGUAAAUCUGCUGAGGGUGGAGGACGAGGGGGUGAUGGCGCCCGCGCUGGAUGCGCUGCUGCUGCUGGCGAAGCACAGCGCAGCGUACCGGAGCGGCAUCAGGAACAACGGCGGGAUGAGACAUCUCAGGAACGUGCUGCGAGUCGGGCCCUCGCCUCUCCACAACAAGGGAAUGGAGCUUCUUGCUGCGCUCUUCUCGUAGCAUUCAAGCAUGAAGAAAGUGCAGGGGGGUUGCCAGUGCAGGGGGGUUGCCGUGCACACUUGUCUGCACCGCAUGUAUCGCUUGGCUCAUGCGAUCACAGCAAUGGGGGUGCGUUGCCUUCGAUCCGCACCCACACCCGACUAGCAGGAAACGCAGCAGCAACAGCAGUAAUGCGGGUGCAUCAUUGGGAAGGUCUUUCUUGAGUGUACUGCCUGGUCAAGUUACACUCGGAGGAUCUGGUGGUCUGGAAUAAGGCUACACAAUAGGGCUACGCAAUAGGGUUGCGCUUCUGUGUGUGCUAGGCACAUGUAGUCCAGCAGAAUCGAACCUGCUGUCAGUGUGUUAGCUGCUUGUAUGGUACACCUUCAGUAGUCUAGUUAUGUUGGGGUAGGUGGCUUGGUAGGUGUAGAAUUCGAACUGGCUGUUGAGCUGCUAGCUUGAUGCUUAGACAAAGUGCCUAAGGUGGAUUGUGUACUGUAGAUAUCAUUUAGAUGAGAGACAUAUGAUUUUCAGUGCU